AUGGCAGAAAGAAUACUACAAGAUAUAGCUGAACAAAACAAGCGUCUUGCAAUAGCGCAAAUCAAGAAAAACACCGAAGAGAAAGCAGAAGCUUACUACAAUCUAGGCAUAGCUUAUUUCUCCCUCAAGGACUUCCAUCGAGCAAUAGAGUACCUCAAGCAAUACCUGAGCAUUGCUGAGGAAGUCGGUAACAGAGCAGGUGCAGGAUGUGCCUAUAGAAGUCUCGGCUUUGCUUACCUUUUAGAAGGUGACUCCCAAAGAGCAAUAGAGUACCUCAAUCAAGACCUCAGGAUUGCCAAGGAAGCUGGUGACAGGGCAGCUGAAAGAUGUGCCUAUGGCAAUCUCGGCUUCGCUUAUCGCGGCCUUAAAGAAUUCCAGCGAGCAAUAGAGUACCACAAUCAACACCUCAGGAUUGCCAAAGAAGGUGGUGACAGGGCAGCUGAAGGAUGUGCCUAUGGCAAUCUCGGCUCAUCUUAUCGCGGCCUUAAAGAAUUCCAACGAGCAAUAGAGUACCACAAUCAACACCUCAGCAUUGCCAAGGAAGUUGGUGACAGGGUAUGUCAAGGCAAAGCCUAUGCCAAUCUCGGUCAUACUUAUGAAAGCCUUAAAGAAUUCCAACGAGCAAUAGAGUACCACAAUCAACACCUCAGCAUUGCCGAGGAAGUUGGUGACAGGGAAUGUCAAGGCAAAGCCUAUGCCAAUCUCGGUCAUACUUAUGAAAGCCUUAAAGAAUUCCAACGAGCAAUAGAGUACCACAAUCAACACCUCAGCAUUGCCAAGGAAGUUGGUGACAGGGCAGGUGAAGGAUGUGCCUAUAACAAUCUCGGCUUUGCUUAUGAGGGCCUUAAAGAAUUCCAAAGAGCAAUAGAGUACCACAAUCAACACCUCAGGAUUGCCAAAGAAGGUGGUGACAGGGCAGCUGAAGGAUGUGCCUAUGACAAUCUCGGCUCAUCUUAUAGCGGCCUUAAAGAAUUCCAAAGAGCAAUAGAGUACCACAAUCAACACCUCAGGAUUGCCAAAGAAGGUGGUGACAGGGCAGCUGAAGGAUGUGCCUAUGGCAAUCUCGGCUCAUCUUAUAGCGGCCUUAAAGAAUUCCAACGAGCAAUAGAGUACCACAAUCGACACCUCAGCAUUGCCAAGGAAGUUGGUGACAGGGUAUGUCAAGGCAAAGCCUAUGCCAAUCUCGGUCAUACUUAUGAAAGCCUUAAAGAAUUCCAACGAGCAAUAGAGUACCACAAUCAACACCUCAGCAUUGCCGAGGAAGUUGGUGACAGGGUAUGUCAAGGCAAAGCCUAUGCCAAUCUCGGCUAUAUUUAUAGUCAACUCGACGAAUACCAACGAGCAAUAGAGUACACCAAUAAAUACAUCAUCAUUUCCAAGGAAGUUGGUGACAGGGCAAGGCAAGGGGACGGCUAUGGCGAUCUCGGCUCUAUUUAUUUACAUCUCGGCGAAAACCAACGAGCAAUAGAGUACAUCAAUAAAAACCUCAACAUUGCCAAGGAAGUUGGUGACAGGGCAGAGGAGGGCACAGCCUAUUGCACACUUGGCUCUCUUUAUCACCGCCUUGAAGACUUUCAAAGAGCAAUGGAGUGCCAGAAGAAACACCUGAGCAUUGCCAAGGAAGUCGGUGACAGAAGAUGCCAAGGACAUGCCUAUUUAGGCAUCGGCGAAGUUCAUUAUUCCCUCGGCGACGUGCCACGAGCAAUGGAGUACUACAAGCAAUGCCUGAGCAAUGCCGAAGAAAUCGGUGACAAGAGUAGACAAGGACAAGCCUAUUGCCGCCUCGGACGUUGUUAUGGACAUCUCAACGACUUGAAGGAAGCAAUAGAGUGUUACAAGCAACACCUGAGCAUUGCCGAGGAAAUCGGUAGCAGGAUGGCAGAAGCAUGUGCACAUAGAUGUCUGGGUCACUCUUUUUUACAAUCAGAUUCUUUGAAUGAGGCUUUAGAACAUUUUAGAUGCUGUGUUAAAAUCCGUGACACUAUUAGAGCCAAUUCUAUCUCGGAAGAUCAAUUGAAAAUAAGUUUCUGUAGGGGUUAUCAAUGUGCCUAUACUCAUUUAUGGCAAAUUUUAGUCAUGCUUCAAAGGAAUGAUGAGGCUUUAUACGCUGCUGAGAGGGGACGGGCACAGGCUUUGCUCGAUGCCUUAAAAGUAACUUAUGGCCUUACAUCACUUUCUCCCAGGUCAAUUGAAUCUGAAGAAGAAGUCAGAUAUAUUUCAAGGAAGACAACUGUUUUAACAGUUUUUCUUGCCCUGCAAAAGAAAACAGUCAAUAUCUGGGUGCUGGGAAAAGAGGGCAACCCUGUUUUUAGGCAAGCGAAGAUAAAAAUUGGAUGUGAACACACUCUCCUUUUAGACACUGUUUUGAAAAACAUUAGGGCUGGCGUCGGUAUUAGGUGCGAAAAUCGGUCAAUGGAUAAGCUGAGUGAUGACUCAACUUCCUCAAGUAUUCGAGACGACAAUCACACAUCGGAUCCAUCACAGAAGACCACCGACUUUUUACAACCAUUAUAUGAUGCAGUUCUUGGUCCCAUUGAAGACUUGCUUGAUGGUGAUGAACUUAUUGUAGUUCCCGAUGGUGCUUUGUGCUUAGCUCCCUGGGCAGCCUUAAGAGAAUCGUUAAGGAUCCGCACCGUUCCCUCACUGACAAUUUCAAAAUUCAUCACAGAUUCUCCAUGUGAAUACCACAGUAAAAGUGGAGCCUUACUUGUCGGAGACCCAUGUUUGAAGAAAGUUACAAAUAAAGGGGGACACCCCAUUUAUAAGCAGCUGAAGUACGCUAAAAUGGAAGUAGAGAUGAUUGGAGAAAUUCUAGAGAGUCAACCUUUAACAGGUGAAGAUGCAACCAAAGAAGCGGUACUUCAGAGGAUCGCAUCAGUUGCUUUGGUUCACAUCGCAGCCCACGGAAGGAAGGAAACUGGAGAAAUUGUUUUGGCUCCAGACCCCCUAUGGGGAACCAAGACUCCUACGGAGGAGGACUAUAUUCUGAAAAUGUCUGAUAUACAAGCUGUGAAGCUGAUAGCAAGGCUAGUUGUUUUGAGUUGCUGCCAUAGUGGUCAAGGACCGGUCUCGUCUGAGGGUGUGGUCGGUAUGGCACGUGCUUUCUUGUUUGCUGGUGCUCGUUCCGUGCUGGCGACACUCUGGGCAAUUGAUGACGAAGCCACAAUGAUGUUUAUGAAAUCUUUCUAUCAACAACUUGCAAGCGGAGAAAGUGCAGGUGUUGCUCUUCAGAGGGCCAUGAAAUGUCUUCGAGACUCCCAGGAUUAUUCUGCCCCGAAGUACUGGGCUCCUUUUGUUCUGAUGGGCGAUGACGUUAAAAUUGAAUUGGAAAAAGAGUCAUUGAGCAAGUCGUAA